AUGGCAAAACCUAAUCUAUUAUCUCUUUAUUUCAUCGUUUCAUUGCUUUCUUUGAUCAUCGCGUGCAAUGCCGAUGCAUCCAAAGGCAACCAUGAAUUCAGCUACCUAAAAGAUUCGUUGAAUGGACCAACGAAAUGGGGAUCUCUUGGUGCGCAAUUCAAAUCUUGCUCGGAUGGGGAGUCACAGUCUCCGAUUAAUAUCGAAGCAAAAAAAGCAAAAGAUCAACCAUAUGACUUGAAAAAGUCUUACAAAGAAGCCCCUGCCAAACUUUUCAAUAGAGACCACGCUAUCACGGUUGAAUGGCAAGGUGAUGCAGGAGGAAUAGAGGUAAAUGGUACAGCAUACCAGCUAUUUCAAUGCCAUUGGCAUAUACCUUCUGAGCACACUAUUAACGGGAAGAAGCAUGAUGCAGAAAUACAUUUUGUUCAUAUAGAUGGCAACGAUCAAAAAGCAGUUAUUGGCUAUCUUUACACCAUCGGAAAGGCUGAUCCCUUUAUUGAAAAAUUAUCUGAGAGCAAAUUAGAAGCGAUCGAUAGUAAUGGUAAUGCUUUAGGGAAAAUAAGUGCAAGUAGUGCCACAAGUGGUAGCAAAAAGUAUUAUAGAUAUCGGGGUUCCCUUACAACUCCUCCAUGCUCUGAAGGUGUCACUUGGACAGUUGCAGAUACAACUAAAUCAAUUUCAAAGGAGCAAAUCGAAUUGCUCAAAGGUCCUCUUGAUCAUGGAUUUAAAGAAAACGCCAGGCCUGUUCAAGAACUUAGAGGGAGAACAGUUACAAAAUUUGAAGACAAAGAGGAAACAGGAGAGGGGAAACAAUGUGGAAAGGAUUCAUCAUCAUCAAUAAUACAUCCAAGGAAUGGGAUCAUCAUCAUCUUAAUUCAUAUAUAUGUUUUACUUUUAUUUUAUGUGGUGGCGUUCUAAGAUAUGAUAAAAAGGUUGCAGAUCAAUGCCUUACAUUUAAGG